AUGGCUGGCUACCCCCAACUUGCUUCCCUGAUAGGCGCAUACCCCGAAGUAGCUACACUGCGCCGCUUCGGAGCCCUAAAUGCCCGGAAUCUUCCGCAUCCACAAGCAGAGCCGACAGUCCUCGAGGACAAGCUGCGCCAGUGCGAAAAGGCGGAUCGAGAAUCCCGCAAUGAGGAUCGAGCGAUAGACGGGUGCGAUUGGCAGACGCUUGCGGAGUCAGGCGAUGGGCCUACGGAAGGCGACCAAUGGGCUAUGUUCCUCAAGAUCAGGGAGAAACUGAACGAGUAUAGUGAGUAUCGCUGUUCUGGUGAUGCGAAACUUGUGUGCAAGGGCGGGCCUGACUGGUCGAAAGAUUCAGCCUUGUUGGUGCAGCAGAGGCUUGCCAGGUUCGAUCUGCCUAAUGCGCGCGAUCUCGGGUUCCUUGUAAAUUGGAUGAAGAGCAAUGUGUAUCUGCUUGGUCAGGACAGCGAUAUCUGGGAAAAGCCAGAAGUCGAAGACAUGGUCGCUUUGAAGACGAGGCCGGUUGGCGAUUUGGUAUCACGGUUUUUGACUGAUAGUAUCAUCCAUUGGUAUCAUAGGAUCAUUGGAAGGAAAAUCAAGAAACAAGGAUCGGUCAGGGAUCACCGCAUUGUUUAACACGAAUUUUUCUCCUGCUUUGGGCUUUAUGACCGGUGCAAAGCCCGUGGAAAUAUUCAGUGCGACGGCUGCGGACGACGAGCGCUUCGAUAGGGACGGUAUUGUAGGACGGGCGCGCUUUAGGCCGACUAUCGCUGCCUGAUAUGGUUGACGUGAAGGGGCCGUCGUGCAUGACCAUCAGCCCUGCGAAUUUGCCGAUUGCUGGGCCUGUUGCGCGGCUUGUUGCGCAGCCGCUCGUUGAGCUGCGCGAGCUGCGAGAGCCGCCUUGUCCUGGCGUUGUUUCUCUUCCAACGACGCAAUUUGAGCUUUGUCCGCU